AGAUUUUCUAGUACACUUCUACGAGAGCUCGCGUAGAAGUGUACUAGGGAGUUCGCCACACAUUUGCAUUAAUAAAAUCGAAUUUGCUCGCAUCCCUAUUUUGGCUUCACCGGAAUAGGAAAUAGUUGAGAACUCAGGCAGUGAACCUGCCGAGGUCAAUUUUGGAUCUCACUUCCGAGAGGAAAGCCAGAAGCAAUCAAAAAGGGGAGGCAGCGAUUCAAAGAGCCAAUGCAAAUUAGCUAGUACCAGCACACUCAGUAGAAAGAAUGAGCGACAGCGAAGAUGACAUGGCGCUUGUCGUUGGAGAAGCUGAAGAUGAUUCGGAGGAAGAGGACGACGAAGAAGCGAGGGACCAGGACUACUACAUUAGUGCCAUCACGGAACAGCUGAGGAAAGAAUCUUCUUCAGAAAGCGAAUUUCUGGAACUGGAUAUUCCCAGUUCCUACGAUUGGCCGAUUACAGAAGAGCUGAUUUCCAGGGUUGCUGACUUCGUCCGCGACGAAUUAAAGCGAGAAGUAACGCAUUUGAGGUAUCGAGAGUCUGUUGCGGGUCCGAUGCUGUUUCAAGCUAUUCGGAGGGUCAUGUCUCCUUCCUCAUUGCAACUAUUGACACUGAAUGGACGUCUGGGUAAUGACACAGCUGGAAUACUGGUGAGGGACGUGCUGGGAAACCGUUUCACAAGCCUGAAAGAAAUCCAGUUCUACAGAGCAGAGAUCUCUGAUGGAUCUAUCAUUCGCGAUAUGCUGGAGAACAAUCCUCAGCUGGAAAUUUUGGGCCUUGGCGUUGGCAAUGGCCCAUUUUCCAUCAUGGGGAUCCGCCUUUUUUCUCAAGGUCUUUCUGGUGCCGUUCAAAACAGCUUGAAAUGUCUAGAUGUUGGCAAUCUCCGUGUUCUGGAUGGAGGCUUCACUAUGCUCUGCAAUGGUCUGCUUCAAAGCCCAGCGCUACAAAAGCUAACCCUCCAAGCAAACGGCCUUACAAAGGCAUCCCUUCCACUGGCCACGCAACUACUCCAGCGCUUGCGAGCACUUGAAGAAUUCAGGAUCAACGUGAACCCAUUGCUGUUCAAGGACGCACCACUGAACGAAAUCAAAUCAUUUGCUUUGGCGGCUGCAUCCUCUCAAUAUCUGAAGGAUUUGAGCAUUCAGAAGUGUGGACUAUCAGGGCUGGCAAUGGCUGUUGUACUUGGAGCCCUGGCUUCUAAAAGCACUGCCCUGGAAACACUCUGCAUUGACUUGGAGGACGAUGAAACAUACAAGGCUCUGGAAAAAUGUGUUCCAAAGUUCAAAGCCCUUCGGUCUCUUCAAUAUUUGGGUGGCAAGCUGAAUGCCUGGGAGGACUCUCUUUCAACGGCUGUGCUUCAGAACACAUCCCUCUAUGAGAUCAAGUGCUGGAGUGGAGUGUCUCCACCACCACAGACACGUGGUCUAUUCUUUCAUCAUUUCCAAAGCAACCGGGCAAUUGCCAAGGCAAGAGACCUGUUGGCUGCUAAUGCAAAGGCAGCACAAAACGGAAGCAAUAUGGGGUUGCCUCUUGGUGUUUGGCCCAAGGCUAUUUCCGCCCUCAAUGAAACACGCAUUUCACGGGGACAAGGCAAGACUGCAACAUUUCUCAUCCUUCGAUCUCAACUUGUCACAUGGAUCCAACAAUCGCACAAAGACAAUGAAGACAAACAAGACAAGACGAAAUCAUCUAGUGGAAGAAGUGAGAGAAGCCCUGUAUUACCAAUUCCAGAUGCUGCAAAGGGUGAAAGCAGCAAUGAGAAACCUUCCAAGCGGCAAAGGCUGAAGGACGAUGAAUGAUUGGCCUCGGAGGUGCUUCCUUUAUUUGCCCCCGGUAGUGCUUUGUCUCCCUUGCCGGAAAGCAAGCUACGUAGUUACCGCACCGAGGAGGAAAGGCCAUGAAUAGCUGGGUGUAACCUGAUGGCGCCAACUCUAGUCCCUUGUGUAGGGCCCCUGCCCAGGAAUAAAUCAAGUUUCUGCCGUGGCUACUUCCAGUAGAGGAGUUGAGGACCCAGCAACCCCAGACUCCGCCGCUCCCUCCUCCAGUGCAGUCUAGCCUACUUCCAAAAAGCGAUUGCCAGUCACUGGGCAUUAAUCCGGCCAACAAUACAUCAUCAUCUAUCAUCUGUCCUCAUCUGAAAAGGACCUGGUUUUGUGACGCACCUGGCUCACGAGCAUCUGGUGUGUGCGAAGGCUUGCCUCUCCUAACAUGGGAUCUGUGUGAUACCUGGUGGCAACCGCCGGUAAAGCUGUCUGUGCAACAUUAUUACCGGGUAAAACCCUUAGAUACCAUACCGCUACUUGUUAUGUAUUUGGGUUAUUCCUGUUUCGUUUCAAUAUUUUAGUUUUAUAAUUGUGUUUUUCUUGUUUUUUAAGACGCAAAAUUAUAACAUUCCGUAAUUUCAG